AUGGGUGAGUGGGGUACAUUGGUAAAACUUCUUGAGAGUGUGCAUGACCACUCCACAGCUGUAGGGAAGGCCUGGCUCUCUGUGCUCGUCAUCUUCCGGAUCAUACUUCUGGGGACAGCAGUGGAGUCUGCUUGGAAUGAUGAGCAGACGGCUUUUAAGUGCAAUACCCAGCAGCCUGGUUGUGAAAAUGUCUGCUAUGACAAAUCCUUCCCCAUCUCACAUGUGCGAUUAUGGGUGCUUCAGAUUAUCUGUGUGUCCACUCCUACGAUUCUGUACCUGGCCCAUGUGAUCUACACGAUCCGUCGAGAGGAGAAGACCAGAGAGGCUGAUGGUGGCAACACAAAUCAAGGCUCAGAGACCCGCAAGAAGAAGAAGAUGAAGAAGGGUGCCAUCCUGUACACCUACAUCAUUAGCAUAUUGAGCAAGUCUAUCUUUGAGGUGGUCUUCCUGGUCCUCCAGUGGUACAUUUAUGGCUUCAGCCUGUCUGCUGUGUACACCUGCGAGCGUUGGCCUUGCCCCCAUCGGGUGGACUGUUUCCUCUCUCGACCCACGGAGAAGACUGUCUUUAUUCUCAUCAUGCUGGUGGUUUCUCUGGUCUCACUUGUGCUUAACGUCAUAGAGCUCUUCUGUGAGCUAUACAAACAGAAGUCCCACACUGAGCAUCAGUCUUCAGAAGAACACCAGGCCUAUGAGCAGUCUUCAGCACUGGAAGAACACCAGGCCGAUGAGCAGUCGAGGCACAUGAGCAAUCGACAGGGUUGGGAACUAACAAAAUACAUGUAA